UGUUUAUGCUUCCUUGAGCUCCUCUCUCUCCCCACACACUCAAUGCAACGCGUGAGCAGUGAGCACACCAAAUCGCCCACCUUCUCAUUCGUGGCUCAGUUUCAGAGAAGGCAGUCACUCCACCACACUUGCAGGAGACCAAAAUACCAUUAUAACACUUGACUACGACGCGCCAUUGAACUCUCCUGCAUAGUGAGUUCAAAUGGCAGUUGUUACGCAAAAAAUGAUUGAUACUGGAGGAAAAAUUUUCUAAUCGACCAAAUCGAAUACCAGAGAAUUGGAACUGAGUGGAGAGCUCGGGCGUCUUGAGUCCCGCAUGCCCACGAUAAUAAAUACGCGCGAAAACCCAAACGUAAGGCGACUCUCGGAAUGAACCACAAUGCCAACUUGCGAGGACAAGUGGCCAACAACAAACCUCAAUAUCAGCCCAGCGCGCAAUCCUUGCGGCUCAUCAUUUUGCUGAUCCUGGUCAUGGGGGUGGCCCCGUCCCCGGCUCUGACGGCGGGAUGCCCGGCACGCUGCGUGUGCGAUGACCAGCUGGUGGUCCAGUGCGCCGGGCAGCACCUCACCACCUUCCCCACCGAAAUGCCGCUCUCCACGAGGCAGCUCAUCAUCUCCAACAACCGCAUCAUUGAGCUACCGCCACUUCAGCUUAACUACCUGUCGGACUUGGUGUAUUUGGACUGUAGCAACAAUUCACUGACGGAGAUUUCGGAGUCCACAUUCGGUAACCUGCGGAAACUUGCUUACCUGGAUUUGUCCUUCAACACCUUGGCGCGGAUAGAGGACAGGACGUUCGGGCCGCUGUCCAGCCUCGUGAUGCUGAGGAUGACGGACAACCCCGGCCUGUGGGACAUUCACCCAGACAGUUUCGCGGAGAACUCGGCGCUGCAGGUGCUGGACGUUAGUAGAAACAACCUGACGGUGCUCAACAUCAGCUCUCUCAUCGGGCUGCCCACCCUACGCUCUGUCGGCCUCAGCGGGAACCCCUGGAGCUGUGACUGCGACAAUGAAGACCUCUGUCUUUGGAUCCACAUUGAGGGAUUCAAGUUUCAAGACGAGGGCCAGACGGUGUGCGGUGGUCCUCCUGACCUGCGGGGGCAGCGUUUGGGUGAGCUGGGGCUGCAGCUGCGGUCGCGGUGCCACCAGGGCCUGGGAUCGUGGGACUACCUGUUCUUCAUCGCCAUCGGCUUCGUCAUCUUCGCGGCGGGCACGGUGUCGGCGUGGGCCAUCGGGGUGGUCAUGGUGCUGUACGAACGCUACGUCAAGAAGAAGAGCGAGCAGAUGGACCCCGAGGACGAGGUGGAGCAGGGCGCAGGACCUGGCACGGGGAGCGGGGGUGGUCACGAUGCAAAUCCACAUGGCAAUGGAGGUUUGAAAAACACUGGUCACAUAGUGGUUUGACUCCUCCCUGUAGCCCACCCCCCUUCCGGCUGUGCCUCGGGAACCCACAGAACUACAAAACCUGUGAUGUCAUAGGAUGGCAGAGAUUAAGAAGAAACUUCAAAGUAGAGCACACUGGGAUUUCUAUUGACUCCCUUGUAAAAGACAAACGAGAGACAACACAGAGAUGUGCCUGACUUUCAUUGAGAUUGAGAGUUGAAUGGUCAUAGUCAUAUACACUGAAUGUACAAAACAUUAGGAACACCUUCCUGAUAUUGAGUUGCACCCCCUUUGGCCCUCAGAACAGCCUCCGUUCGUCGGGACAUA